UGUUCUGUGUCGUUUUUAUUAAUGUUUUUAAUUAUACGUUUUAAAUUUGUAGUUAGCUUAAUGUGCAUGACAUUUUGCUUAAUAAUAAAAUGUAUUUUAGAGUUAAUUUUCAUGCAAUUUUAUACAUAUAAUGUCCUGUGGACAGAAAUGUCACCCUUUCGGAGGAAUGGCUCACAUUGUAUGUUAUGUUUAAUUCGCAUGAGAAUAAAGAUCCAUACUGCAGUAUCUAUGCUAGAGCAAAUAGGAACAAAAAAUCGCUUGGUGUUUCUUCCCGGAGAAGAUAUGUAUCGUACCACUGAAGGUUGUAUUGAACGAAUCACAAUUUCUGCGAAAAAACUAACAUAUUAAUCGUACUUUCGUCCAGGUAACAAUGUAAAUGAUUGUCAGUAAAGUUUUCAAGCCGCUCCGGUAAGUUGUGUAACGUUAGCCUUUACUGACAACCGAAACUGGACUAGGAUUCAAUAUCACAGAAUGUUUAGGCGAUACUUUUGUAACGUUACUGACUAAAAGUCACAAAGUUUCUGUUGGUUAGGGUUUGAUGCUGUUUAUUUCUCGUGGCUUUGUAAACUAUCACGUUGCUUAAUUUGUUUUUCAUGAGGAAAUAAUGACGUGACGCACCAACAGAAGCUCUUGGAAUAUUACACUUGAGGGUUUACUACUCAGAAAUGACAGAAAUUCUGCGGAGAAUACACAGCUGCUUUCUAAAAGUGGUGUUGUUCCCCAGCACCUUUGGGAAUAAAGCGCUUCGUCCUGCCGCCUCUGAAGUAUUAACAUGUCACCUCACACAGCGCGCGCUCCCGCCAUGGACCUCGUUCUGCGUGCGCUACCGUGACGUCAUCAAUGACCAGUUCGGUCUGUCCAACUUCAACUGGCAGGUGCAGGGAGCGAACUACCACAUCCUUAGAACUGGUGCUUUCCCUUUCAUCAAAUACCACUGCACCAAAGCACCUCCUCAGAACCUGGAGUUUGAAAAUAGUUUUUUUGCUGCAUUGAAAGUCGUUAAUCUUGGUAUCCCAUGCUUGGCAUAUGGCUUGGGUUCAUGGAUGGUAGUUGGUGUGACAGAGUCGGUUCAGACAUCUGCAGGACCUGUCACCGUUUACUUUGCGUACAAGGAGGUGGACGGUGCUCAGUUCUAAUAUUCUAGUAUUUGAAAAUGACUUGAGUUUCACAGGCCAAUAUUUGUCAUACAGUAUUUCAGAAAAUGUAUGCAAACGCCCUGGAAUGCACUUUUGCACACAAAAAAUAAAAUCAUUAAUUUUCAA